CAGCAACAGCAACUUCACUUGGUCGCUAAAACACUGCAGCCAUCUUGCACAGCGCUUCGACAGCGUUUAAACUCUGAAAUUCGGUUUGUUAGCUUGUAGUAAACCACGUUAUUGUUCCACCGAAAGUCACACUACACGACUGUGAAGCGGAAUAUGCGUCGUGGUUGAGUAAACUCGCUGUCAACGUUGUAGCAUUUAAUGAAACUAUUUCGUCUCCGAUACGACGUUGUGCCGUCUCGUGCCUCCCGUGGAAUGACAGCUGAAGCCAUUGGUUCCGCCUUUUAGAAUGAAGGACAGCCAAUCACAGGUCGCGAAAAUCCCUGCGCGGAGACGUUUGGUUUUUGUGCGCACGCGCACGUCAGUUGGUAAGUACCUCACUCCUCACAAACUCGCAAGAGUGUGAAGAUGGCGGUUGGUCCCGGCCCGCUGGACGAUCCGUUUUUACACACAGAGGUGAAUAAAGCGGUAGUUUGUCAUCCUGUCCGGUCUGUAGCGUCACAACUGUCGGGUUUGUGUCACAAGAACAAUUUGGCUAAACACCAGGCAGCCGCAAGCACCGGAGCCGACAGAGAAAAGCCCUAGAUGUGUCAGAGUCUUGUCCCAUCACAGCCAAGAGUGUCUGUGUUCUUCCUAAACAAGUUGAAGCGCAGGGGGUCUCGGCAUAACGAAGUCCCCAUGGUUCAGCUAUGGACGCAUCGACGGCCAGCACGGACUCCACUGCAGGACACGACCCCGGCAAAGCACUUGUUAGCGCCGAUGUAACUUCUCCGCCUAAUCACCAAGGGAAAGUAGACUCAUACUCGGCGCAGACUUUCAAUGGGAGCCGAGCUAUGAACUCUCAACAUUCAGGAAGCGCAGCCCCUCCGGGGGGGACGAUAGCGACAAGUGGCGCUGGGAACAGCAGCGGUGCCGCGGCGUCCGUCACAGCUGUCAACAGCGGGCCAGCGUUGUCGAAAGCGCUGCCCGCUGCGAUCGUGCCCCCUUCGUCCAGCAGUGUAAUCCAGACGCCCCCCGUGAACUCGCAGAGUGCUGUCGCUCCAGCUCCGGCCGCGAGCCAGGCAUCGGGACCCACGGUGACGCUCGUCAGGCCGCCUAUGCAAACCCCGGGGUCGGGCGCAACUUUGAAUGGGAGCAGCGCUGCCGGCACCGCUGUAGUCGCCGGUGCAGCAGCAGCAGCAGCAGCAGCAGCAGCAGCAGCAGCGGGUCAGACAGGUAUCACCGUACAAAGUCCACUUGUAAACAAUGGCCCGCCGUCCAGCUCGGUGUCUGUCAGCGCGGGCUCGCACGUUAUCAAAGCGGAGCCCCCCGCCACAAUAAUCCAGUCGAUGCCGCAGCCGGCGGUCGGCGCUCCCCGGCCUACGGCGACGGCAGCCGCCGGUCCGGGCGGAAUCCGAGCCCUGGCUCCGCAGAUGCUGGCACCGAGGCUGCCCCAGACCUCCCCCGGACAGCCCAGCGUGCAUAACAUCCACAUCCCCCCGGGGAUGGUGCUUGUUCGCAGUGAGAGUGGACAGCUGCUGAUGAUUCCACAGCAGGCGCUGGCCCAGAUGCAGGCUCAGGUACCGCGGAGCGCUACACCAACAGGUGUGCCUCCGAGCCCGUCUGCAGGAAACACCAUCAUCACCAGACAAGUUGCUCCUAGCACCACUACUCUUCACAGACCCCCAAUCCUUCAGGGCACAGUUGGGGCCACAGUACCAGGAAUGACACCCAGAACCGUCGCUCCAGCUACUGGGACCACGGUUACCUCAGUAACAGUGAGCAAGGAGACAAUAGAGAAUGUGAAGAAGUGUAAGAACUUCCUGGCUACGCUCAUAAAGCUUGCGUCCAGUGGGAAGCAAUCAACCGAGACUGCAGCCAGUGUGAAGGAGCUGGUCAAGGACCUGCUGGAGGGAAAACUGGAAGCUGAGGAAUUCACCAGCAGAUUGUACAAAGAGCUCAACUCCUCACCCCAACCUUACCUUGUGCCUUUUCUUAAGCGAAGCCUCCCGACGUUGAGGCAGCUCACCCCAGACUCAGAUGCCUUCAUCCAGCAGAGUCAGACCCCCCAGUCAGCCUCAGGUCUAGCGUCCUCCACCUCCCCCUCCCCCGCUACAGUGGUCCUCAGCAGCCUAGCCCCUCGCCUCACGGCUCCAGUCAGCAGGCCUCAGCUCCAGCCGGGCGUCAGCAAGCCAGGGCAGACCCCCUCACUGGUUCUUCAGCCUCAGCAGCAGAGAGCAAUGUUGAGACCUCAGGUAGCAUUACCGACGACCCCCAUUGUGACUCUCAGGAAUCAGGCCCCCGGCCGCAUCAUUCUGGGUCAGCAGCAGGUUCAGCUUAAAGAGCUGCAGCCAGUUCCUGUGAGGCCAGGAGCCACUGCAGCUUAUUUUUUGGCUCAAAAGAAGUUGAAAGAGGCGGGUGGUACUUUCAAAGAUGAUGAUGAUAUCAAUGACGUGGCCUCGAUGGCCGGAGUGAACCUUUCAGAGGAAAGUGCUAACAUCUUAGCAACUAAUUCUGGACUUGUGGGAGCGGUGACACAUUCCUGUAAGGAUGAGGCCUUCAUCUCUUGCGCCUUGCUGCAGAGGAGAAUGCUGGAGAUUGGUAGGAGGUAUGGCGUAACAGACCUGGGCGCGGAGGUGGUAAACUAUGUCUCCCACGCUACUCAGCAGCAUCUUCAGAAGCUGCUUGAAAAGGUCUCCCAAGUGGCCCAGCAGAAAAACGUCAGUUUUAAGGGGGACAACAACUAUGAGCAGAGCAGCGAUGUUCGUGUUCAGCUCAAGUUCUUCGAGCAGCUGGACCAGUUAGAGAAACAGCGGAAAGAGGAACAGGAGAGAGAGAUCCUUCUAAAGGCAGCUAAGUCUCGUGCUCGUCAAGAAGACCCAGAGCAGCUUCGUCUGAAGCAGAAGGCAAAAGAGAUGCAGCAGCAGGAGCUCGCUCAGAUGAGACAGAGGGAGGCCAACCUGACUGCUCUAGCAGCCAUAGGCCCAAGGAAGAAAAGGAAGAUUCUGGACCCUUCUUCCUCCUCUUCUGCAGCUGAGGGAUCGGGAUCGGGUCCCUCUCAGUCUGGUGGAGCCGGCUCAUCGGGCUCCAGACCCACGCGGCAGCGCAUCACGCGCGUCAAUCUCAGGGACCUGCUCUUCUGUUUGGAGAACGAGAGAUUUACCAGUCGCUCCCAUUUCCUCUACAAGGGCUUUCUCAAAUAGACUUGAUGUCAGAGAUGAGAGGAUGAGGAGGAGAGGUAAGAGGGCGUAAAUGAAGUGUGUGGAGAGAUCAGCUGCUCCCACUGUAGAAGGAGAGUAAGAGACUCUUAGGAGAUGAGGGGAACGAUUGCAGUGACUUCGCACAUUUAAAGGCUUUUCAGAUAUGCCUGAUAACCUGAAUCAAAGUAGUAGCCACAUGGAAUGGCCUCUCUACCUCCCUCCUCAAAUUAUGCCUAUUUUCUUUUCGAACAAUCAUGGACUUACUUACCCUGUAACUUUGUUUCCAAGAAAGUGCAAAAAAAGGAUUAUGUUUUAUGAGGAAGGAUUUUUGUAUGAACAAAUAACUACUUGUACAACUUUGCACUGUAACACAGCAUAGUUUAUUUUUGGAUUAUUGGUUUGUGCAUUAGGCUUCGUAUGUAAGUUUUAUUAGAGCACGUUUUCUUUUCUUUUUUAAAAAAUUAAGAUAGUUUGAACUCCAAACUGUGUAUCCUACUGAGUUGCCUUCCUAACGACGAAUAAGCCAUAUAGCCAUCCUGAAGCUAUUAACCCCGUCAUAUCCCCGAAGCAGGAACUUGCUUUGUCAUCUCUUUCUCGAAUCUCCUCCACAUAUUUAUUCACUAAACUCAAACCUAAAUUAAUGUUUUAGUUAUUUAUUUAAUUUCUUACACGACACCUCAGCUGUUUCAUGUAGCUUCAGUUCCAAAACACGAGGUGCAUUUACCUGCAUAGGACAUUUUUCAAAAUCAGUUUUUGGCAUUUUUUGUUGUAUCGAUCACAGUUUGAAGAGGUGUGGUUUUAGUUUUGUUUAAAAAAAACUGUUAAUUUGUUUAUUUUUUAAUUACAUUGACAUUGAUUUUUAGAAGUUUAAUGGGUGUCAGGUGGCAUUUAACCUUUAUCGCUAUACCAAACAUACAUCUACCUGAAACUGAUUUCUAUUUUUGUAGCUGCCCACCAACACAUUCACACGUUUAUACUCUUUAAUAGCGCCUGCCAGUGCCCUCCAAUCAUUCUGUAUGCUUAUACUUUGGUGUGCUACUGGGCAGCCCCUUGCGGUUAUAUUAUCUAGGACAGAAGAGACUGGAGUUUCUUCCUGUAUAUUUGUAAAUGUUACACCUAAAGUUUUACACAUGGUUUUGUAUAGAAUUGAGAAUUUACCCAUACAGCAUAAAACAUUUUGUCUAUUAAAAGUUUGAAUAAAUAACGGUUUUACAGCAA